CGACUGUCCUCACCGUUGGGCACAACCUCGUCGGCGUCCUCAAGAACAUCUGUGAGUAUGCUACCCUGCUAGAGACGGAGAACCUCUGGAAAGGCUGGAUGGCGGUCUAUGCGUUGGGAUGUAGGGCGGCAGAUUGCUGACUGUCGUCUCGUUCUAGUACGGCCGUCCCCUCUCGCCGACUAACACCAUGUCUCUCGUCGUCCCGGAAGCCCACCAACAAUUCCAGCACAUCUUGCGUCUCCUGAACACCAAUGUCGACGGUAAACGGAAGAUUAUGUACGCCCUGACCGAGAUCAAGGGUGUUGGCCGUCGUUACUCCAACAUUGCAUGCAAAAAGGCCGAUGUUGACCUCAACAAGCGGGCUGGUGAGCUCAACUCGGACGAGCUCGAGCGUCUCGUUACCAUCCUCCAAAACCCGACUCAGUUCAAGAUCCCCACAUGGUUCCUGAACAGGCAGCGGGACAUUGUCGAUGGCAAGAACUCGCAGAUUCUCUCCAACGGUGUGGACUCGAAGCUCCGUGACGACCUCGAGAGGCUGAAGAAGAUCCGGGCGCACCGUGGUCUCCGGCAUUUCUGGGGCCUCCGUGUGCGUGGUCAGCACACCAAGACCACCGGCCGUCGCGGCAAGACCGUCGGUGUGUCGAAGAAGCGUGGUUAAACGCUUUCUGGGGAGGGUCGUACGUACAUGGCCAUUUUGCUGGCAUCUGCGACAUCAUGUCUUUCAUACGUCUACAUGUAUCAUGCGAUCAUAUGGAGUACUCUGCACGACACGUCCAGCCUGUGUGUUUUUGGCUCCCUCGCGCUGAUGCGGAUUAUUUCUUCG